AUGGACAGGAGGAUGAACUUGAACGGCGCCGGAGACAUUUUCCACAAAACUCUCAGCGCCGUGUCCGGCAAGAAGAUGGACCCUUUCAGGCCGUCGGCGGCCAUCGAACUAGCAGCCCGAGACCGCCAGUCCCCCAUCGGUUGUUUCGACCAGGCCGACUCGGACCCCAUUCAGCCGGGGGGCCUGGCGGCGGGGCGCGGGGGGCCCCACCUGGGGCUGCCGACCGGAUCCUUGUGCGUAAACUACGGCGAAAGCGCCAACAGGACCUCGGCGGCGGAGAGCAGCGGCGGGGAGCAGAGCCCCGACGACGACAGCGACGGCCGGUGCGACAUGGUCCUGCUGGCCGACCCGCGGACGGUGGGAGCGGGCGGCAAAGCCGAGGGGGGCGGCAAGAAGAGCAAGGAGCAGAAGACGCUGCGGCUGAACAUCAACGCGAGGGAGCGGCGGCGGAUGCACGACCUGAACGACGCGCUGGACGAGCUGCGCGCCGUCAUCCCCUACGCGCACAGCCCGUCGGUGCGCAAACUCUCCAAAAUCGCCACGUUGCUGCUCGCCAAGAACUACAUCCUCAUGCAGGCGCAGGCGCUGGAGGAGAUGAGGAGGCUGGUGGCGUAUCUCAACCAAGGACAGGCCAUCUCCGCCGCCUCGCUACCGGCCACCGCGGCCCUGGCGGCUCCCGGCCUGGGGGCGUACGAGCAGCCGCCCGGGUACCCCUUCACCGCCGGGGUGGCGGGGUCGUCGUGCCCCGACAAAUGCGCCCUGUUCAACAACGUCAACUCCAGCCUCUGUAAACAGUGCACCGACAAGCCUUGA